AACUAAUCAUCAAAAUUGUGGAAGAAGAAAAGAAAACUCUAAACCCAAACCCAUAAACAAAAAGCUACAAAACAAACUCAACAACAAAAACCGUGUGACCAAACUCACAAAGAUCUUGUUUGUUUCUGCUAUCUUAUAAAAAACUCAAACCCACACAAACUGAAAAUUCCAUUCUGCCGCCGGAAAAUUCAUCCUCCGUUUCCUCCGUCAUCAUCAUCACCACCACCAAAAACCCCUCCUCGCAGUUCACCAACUGGGGUUUUGUUUUCUCACCUUUUCAUUCAAAAAAACCUUCUUUUUUUUUGUUGCUCAGAUCUUCAUCUAUCUCCUGCUAUUUCCGCAGGGGUUUUCAUUCCUUUAACAAUAACAAGCAUAUUUGCUUCUUAUACGGAGGGCGUGUUCCAGUUGAUGAAUGUUGAAGUGUAGCAUAUAGUUUUAUGAGCAUACAGUUAGGGAAGUUCCGACAUAAAUGGGGACCGUUACUCGCAGUACUGGUAGAAAACCAAGUGAAAUUAUGAGGAUAAUUGUGACCACUUUUAUUGGAGUAGUUUUUGGCUUCUUUUUAGGCGUAUCAUUUCCAACAUUAUCAUUAACAAAGUUCAAUCUCCCAUCUGGGUUGCUUCCCUCGAUUGAUCUCUCUUACAUUGAAGACAGAUAUACAGGUCGUCAUGCUUGGUCUUUUAUGAACAAUGGUAACAAAAGAUCUUCGCGACAUUAUUUAUCAAAUGAUACAUCAAAGAUUUGGGUUCCAUCAAAUCCAAAAGGAGCAGAAAGUUUACCUCCUGGCAUUGUUGAAGCUGAGUCUGACUUUUACUUGCGUAGAUUGUGGGGCAAACCCAGUGAGGACUUAACACUCAAGCCAAAGUACCUUGUGACAUUCACUGUUGGCUAUGAGAUGAAAAAAAAUAUUGAUGCAGCCGUGAAAAAGUUUUCAGAGAACUUCACAAUCCUUCUAUUUCAUUAUGAUGGCCGAACUAAUGAAUGGGACGAGUUUGAAUGGUCGAAGAAGGCUAUUCAUGUGAGUGCUCGCAAACAGACCAAAUGGUGGUAUGCUAAGCGGUUUUUGCAUCCUGACAUCGUGGCUCCAUAUGACUAUAUAUUUAUAUGGGAUGAAGACCUAGGCGUUGAGCAUUUUAAUGCGGAAGAGUAUAUAAAACUGGUGAAGAAGCAUGGCCUGGAGAUUUCACAGCCUGGUUUAGAACCUAAUAAAGGGUUGACAUGGCAAAUGACUAAAAGAAGAGGUGAUAAAGAAGUUCACAAAGUGACGGAGGAGAAACCGGGAUGGUGUUCCGACCCUCAUUUACCUCCUUGUGCAGCGUUUGUUGAGAUUAUGGCCCCAGUCUUCUCACGAGAUGCAUGGCGUUGUGUGUGGCAUAUGAUUCAGAAUGACUUGGUCCAUGGGUGGGGUCUUGAUUUUGCUGUUAGAAGAUGUGUUGAGCCUGCACAUGAGAAGAUUGGAGUUGUUGAUGCUCAAUGGAUUGUUCACCAAGGUGUUCCCACACUAGGGAAUCAGGGUAAAACAGAAACUGGGAAAGCACCAUGGCAGGGGGUGAGGGAAAGAUGUAGGAGGGAGUGGACCAUGUUUCAGAGUCGGUUAGCGAAUGCAGAACAUGCGUAUUUCAAGUCCGGCGGCGGUAUUGCUAUAUCUAAUUCCACUGUUCAUUAGGAGACAAAGAUCAAAGCUUGACUUGUACACAGCUAUGGCCAUACCAUUAUGUGUAGACUCCCCUCACACCUUUUUUGAAAUAUAUUCAUAUGUAACAUUUACAUGAAAUAGAGUCCUAGCUAGGGACCAAACUUAAACCCAAUGUAGAACUUGUCUUAGAGAUGAAUGUGAUAAAUUAAGUGAAGAAAGUUAAUACUACGUUAUGACUUGAGAGCUCUUUUUUCA